UUUUUUUUAAAAAAGCCCUUACUUUGUAUUCAUUUACUCAUUCAUUCACUUAUUCGUUCAAAUCUAUACUUACUGAAUGCUGACUGUGCUAUGGAUUUGUUAACAGAUACUUAAAUAAAAUGGGAUCCUUGAACAUCCUGAGUUAUAGCCCAGGGGUAAAUUAGGGGAAGACAAUCAUGUGUUCAAGUAAAUGUAAUAAAGAGUAAUGUCGCUCGCUUUUUCAAAUGCUUGUGCUAUGUAAAUAAAAAGUCCAAGGGCUCACUGCUGGCAUGGGACAUCUACCCGCAAAAUUUGGAUAAUGACCCCCCCUUUGCAGGACUAUAAUAAUGAGCGAGGCUAGUCUCACUCACAUGCCAGGUAACUAUUAUUUCUCAUCUUUGUACUCCCACCGCCUUCAGUACAGGGAUUCACAUGUUUUAACUCAAUAAGCAUCUUCCAGACAUCCUGACUCGACAUUUUUAAUUAUUACAUGGCCUCGUCUGUGAAAGUGUCUACGUGAGCAUUUAACAUCACUUAUUCUGAGACGGCUAUCUUCCUCGAACUCUUGAUGUGUCUGUCAGUUUUCUCAAGGGAAUCCUACCUGGCUAGAUAUUAAUCUCUCUGAAUUGUAAAAGCCUUAGCCCUGGUUUUAAUGGCCAAGAUUUAAAUAAAUUUACCAGAUACAGCAGUGGGUGCUCCAAUUACAUACACCAUUAAAGGGUUUUAUGUGAGGAUUAAAAAACAUUUACUAUUAAAACAACAACAACACAGUCCAUGUGCAGUGCAAUUUACCAGCAGGGGAGAUUUUCAGUGUCCUGGAAAAGUUCCAUAUAAAAAGGACGCUAGAAAAAUGAAAAGUCAGAUUCAACACACUCCAAAGGAAGCUUGAGACGUUUUUGGCUCUCUACUCUCAAACAGAAUGGAGCCGAUUUCCAAACUUCUAGCUGGACUUAUUCUGCUGACUGUCUGUGUGGUGGGCUGCUCCAGCCAGCACUGGUCCUACGGAUUGCGCCCUGGAGGAAAGAGAAAUGCUGAAAACGUGAUUGAUUCUUUCCAAGAGAUAGCCAAAGAGGUCGAUCGACUAGCAGAACCUCAGCGCUUCGAAUGUACCAUUCACCAGCCCCGCUCUCCCCUCAGGGACCUGAAAGGAGCUCUGGAAAGUCUGAUUGAAGAGGAAACUGAGCAGAAGAAGAUUUAAAUCCACUGGGCCAGAAAAUUUGACAAGUACAAUUCUGACUGAAACGUGUGACUCACUUAAUGUCUGUUAAUUGUGUGAACUUCAGAAAUUCUUAACACCAGGUUGCAUGUUUCAUAAUCAAGUGCUGUGUUGUGAAUAAAGUAGCAUAAAUG